CGUCGUGCGAACGUCCAGCCAGUGAGUUGAGAUGUAUAGUCGGAUCGUUAUAGUUUUUACGCUGUUCGUGGCCUUGGAGGCUGGCAGCGCACAUUACGUCACUCAAGAAAGAGUAUGCUUUCCCGAAAGUUUUCAGUUCGGCGUGGCAACAGCCUCCUACCAAAUCGAAGGGGCGUGGAAUGUAUCAGGCAAAGGUGAAAGUAUAUGGGAUAGCUAUACCCACAUGUACCCUGAACGAAUAUUCGAUCACAAAACUGGAGACGUCGCUGCCGAUUCCUAUCACUUGUUCAAGGAAGAUGUGAAACUCAUGGUAAAGCUGGGCGUUCAGUAUUAUCGUUUCUCGAUUUCAUGGCCGAGAAUCCUUCCCAACGGCUUAAGCAACGAAAUAAAUAAAGAUGGUAUCAGAUACUAUAAUGAACUCAUGGACGAAUUGAUUCAAAAUAAUAUACAACCGAUGGUAACCAUGUACCACUGGGACCUGCCUAAGAGUCUCCAAGAAUUGGGUGGCUGGACCAACCCCAUCAUUGCUGACUAUUUUGUGGAUUAUGCCAGAGUUCUGUUCAAUAAUUUUGGGAACAAGGUGAGCGCUUGGUUGACAUUCAAUGAACCAUUAUCAUUCUGUCAAGGCGGGUACGGCGGGCUGGACGCGCCGGGUGACCAAGCAAGUGGUUUUGAAGACUAUCUCUGCGGACACAAUGUCCUUCGGGCUCAUGGAAUGGUGUACCGCAUGUACCAGGAAGAAUUCGAGGCAAAACUCUUGACAAGCGUCGGAAUUACACUAGAUUUUUCAUGGCUUGAGCCAGCAAUGGAGUCAUUAGAAGAUAAAAUUGCUGCAGAAACGGCUAGACAGUUCUUUUUCGGCUGGUUCGCACAUCCCAUUUUUUCAUCCAUUGGUGACUAUCCACAAAUUAUGAGGAAAAGAAUCGAUUCUAUAUCCAAAAAGCAAGGAUUCCACCGCUCUCGCCUUCCAUAUUUUACGACUGAAGAAAUAGAAAUGAUACGAGGUUCAGCAGAUUUUCUGGGUUUAAAUCAUUAUACAACUUACUUGGUGGCUAAGAGCAAAAAGAAGAUCUCGUCUGAGCCGUCUUUCGCAGCUGACAUGGGAGGAAUAAUAUCCCAGAAAUCAUCUUGGCCUAAGUCCAAUUCAACUUGGUUGAAGGUCGUGCCGUGGGGCUUCAGGCUGUCCUUGAACUGGGUGAAACGUGCUUACAACAAUCCUCUUGUUGUUAUCACGGAGAACGGAGUUUCACUCGAGAAAGGUUUGCUGGACAAACGACGUAUUGAAUACAUAGACGGAUACCUCAAAGCGUUACACACCGCCAUUACAAAGGAUCACUGCAACGUGUACGGAUACACUUAUUGGAGCCUGAUCGAUAACUUUGAAUGGACCAGAGGAUAUUCAGAGCGUUUCGGUUUAUACCAAGUAGAUUUCGAUUCUCCAAACAAGACUCGGAAGCCAAGAAUAUCCAGUGAAUACUACGCAAGAGUUGCCCGUACCAAAUGUCUGCCGAUAUGGGAUUUCUAAUUUGGAAAUUAAUUUAAAAAAAUAUAUUAAUUGUGAAUAACAUGGUGGAGUAAAUAGAUCUGUAGCGUUUAAUUAAAAUCAACGUUUCCUUAUUGUUGUAAUGAAUUGUUUUUACUCGAG